AUUUUAUUUUUAUUUUCAUACUAUCAGUGAGGGCAAAGGACAAAGGUCGAACUUGUGUGGUGUAGAAGAGAUCUAGUGAAAAUAUUGAGAUCUAAUUCUAGAUUCUAGAUCUAAAUUAUUACAGUUUUAUUUUUUUGUCACAGUACAUCCUUGUUACUUGUUAUGUUGUGAAAUAUAAAAUAAGUCUAGUUUACCUGAGAUUGACAACAUUAUCAAUCAUAAUCAAUAAUCAAUCAUGUCUCGAUUAACACAAUUUCGCGAAAUCGGCAAAAAAAUUGUUUGUGUUGGGCGAAACUACAGAGAACAUGCAGCAGAGUUAGGAAAUCCUGUGCCGAGUCAACCCAUCCUGUUUCUUAAGCCUACAUCUGCUUAUAUUGGGGAGGGUCAGAGCAUAAAGAUACCAGAAGGAUGCAAAGAUCUGAACCAUGAAGUUGAGUUAGGAGUUGUGAUUGGGGCCCGUGCUACUAAAGUGACACAGGAAAAUGCAUUGAAUUUCGUUGCUGGUUUUGCACUUGGCCUGGACAUGACAGCUCGAGACUGGCAGUCAGUGGCUAAAAAAUCUGGCCACCCAUGGUCUCUUGCUAAAGGUUUUGAUACUUCAUGUCCAGUUAGUACUUUUAUAGAAAAAGAAAAGAUCCCAGAUCCAAAUAACGUCGAUAUAUGGCUCAAAGUGAAUGGCAAGACCAGACAAGAAGGCAAUACCAGGGAUAUGAUCUUUUCUGUGGAGCAUUUGAUUAGCUAUGCUAGCCAGUAUUUCACGCUGGAGCCAGGGGAUUUAAUCCUUACAGGAACCCCUGCUGGCGUCUCCCAAGUACAACCAGGGGACGUCAUUCAGGCUGGACUAGGGGACAUCAUCACUGUACAAUUUCUAGUGGAGAGCUAACAGAAAUGGAAUUUAACUAGAAUUUACCAACAAUCAGAAGAUAGAUUCAACCAGCUGUAACCAGUCACAACCUUAUUCUAAUAAACCGGUACAAUAUUUUUCUGCCUAGUUCUGUAUUGGGCUCUAGUGCAGGGAUGUAGAACUUCUGACAUUACUGUCCCUUCCUUGAAAAGAAAAUAUUGUUAAAAUCUCCAUAUCAAUAUCAGGUGUUAAAAGGCAGCCAACUAUGUGUGGUACUUGUUCAUUUAAUGUAACUGACAUAUUUACAUGGAUUGAUAACAUUUACACAUCAUUAGAGAUCGUCCAUACAUAAAUUCUGCUUUUUUGCAGAUUCCCCACUGACCCAAUGGUCAUACUGUUGAAACAAGCCAAAGUAGAAAUAUAAUGCUACUUCCAAUGACUGGACAUCACAGUUGACAGAAACUAGUGUAUAAGAUGUGAUUCAAAUUCUCUAAUAGUGACCCACUCUUUUCUUUAGUUUUUACUUUCUCGUAUUAGGGUUAUAGAGAAAGAAUUGUAAUCGUGCAAAAAAAAAAUUGGGCAAAAAUUCUAAAUCCUUAUUUAUUAAAAUUUCAGCGUUUUACGCGUAAUCGAGUAGAAAAACUGGACUUUGCAAUUCUGUCUGUACAGCUAGGUUGAUGAAAUUUCAUAUAUAAGUAUAAGUAUUAUAUCAAAUUUGUAGAUCCAUAUCAACUUUUUAGCGAUUUCCGAUAACCAGAAGUGGAACUUUUUCUACUUUUAAUUUUUCAAAAGCCUACAACUUGAGUACUAUUUCAGAUAGAUAAAUGAAAUUUCACAUAUAAGUAAAAGUUCUGUUUCUCAGCCUUCUUUCAAAUUUUGAGUAAUUUCCGUUGACAGGAAGUAGUGAUUUUCGCAAUUUCCGAUUUCUCAAAUAAACGCUUGUGAAUUUAUAAAGUACUAAUAACAUCCCGAAAUAUUAUGCACAUUUUGUUUUGGCGUUCACUUGGUGUGUAAUUCUUUUUUCUACCAUAUUCUAUUUUAAAAAGUUUAAGUUGUUAAAAAUGUUUUCAAAUAUUGUCUAUAUCCCUGAGUUGCCAUCCCCCAUAGUGUUAUAAUCAGUUAUAUAAGAAUAUUCAAGAAAGUGUAGGGGAGAUCACUCCCAGUUUAUUUAAAUAGUUGUACAUUUUUGUAGUUAUUUAAAUAGUAGUCUAUAAAUUAUUUUCUACUUUUUAGUGCAUUAUUACACAAAAGCUUGUUAUUAAAACGUUUUUUAUGAAAA